GAGCCAUCUGUCGAAUUGACGUUCAAGCUCUCGAGUGUUCUUAAGAUAAACAGGACCGUUCCAAAAGUUUAUUCGUCCUUGUUGUUCAAAACAAUUUUUGAGGCCAGAUACAUUCACUUGCUGCAGUUGUGGAGAGUUUCCUGGAAGGUUUUACACAAAGGUUGAUCUUUUAUGGUUGGUAGAAACGUUCGAAAAGUUUAGUCUCGGGCAGGAACCGAAACAGAGAGCAUGUGGAAAUUGGGACUGCUUAGGCAUUGAUUCAGGAUGGACAGUAAAUGCCAACUCUGUUGCAAGAGAAAUGGCGAAGUUUGCAGGACAAACUAUUUCCAGCAGCUGAUCACCAAACAUUUGAAUUUUAAUUUCGAAGGUGCCUUGUGCAUUUGUGAAUCUUGUGGCCAAUUGCUUAGGCAUUGGGAUGAAUUUUCCGCUGAUGCUCAAGAAAAUCUUUUCCGCCAGACUACUGAGCCCGACUCUUGCCAGCCUGAUUGCUUCGAGGGAAAGUCCUGUGACCAGGAAACGCAGACUGAUUUUGAAAGCGAUCAACCCACUGUCCAUGAUCAUUCUUACGCAAAAACUCCGGAUCUUUAUAAUUACGUUGAAGACGAAUCAUGCCAAGUUGACAGCUCUACUCUUGAAGUGCAUCAUGCUGCGCAUGAAUAUCCCUUCAUCAAUGACUUCAGCGACAGCUCCUUUUACGAGAGACCAGAUAGUGAAAUUAAAAUAGUAGAAGUCUGUGCCCUGAAGGAUGUGCAGUGGAUUGAUGAUCCUAUAGAAAAGGAGGACUUUGAGUAUGGUGUCGAGCCAGAGGUGAAAAUCAAGGAAGAGCCGCCAGACCAUGAUGAAUAUGAGGAGUCGGAGUGGCCUGAUGAAUAUUAUUCACCCCUUAUACCAGCUAACGACCACCAUGUGUUCAAGAUGGAUCACCAUCAAAUUAAAGAUGAGGCUGAAAUACAUGUGCCAAAUUCUCCUACUGACGACUGCAAAAUCAAACAAGAAAUAGUUAAAGAGGAGGUAAAGGAAGAGCCAUUGCCAGCUGCUCCCGCUCCCUUGCCGCUAGUCCAGCCUGCACCUAAAGUACAUUGUUGUCCCAUCUGUAGCAUUGAUUUUCCUUCAAAUGAUCUCCUCGUCAAGCAUUUGCGUUCGCACGAAAACUUCUUCAAGCCAGCUGUCAACCUCGCGUGCCCAGACUGCAACCAAGAGUUCCUAUCUGAACACAUCCUCAUCGAGCAUAUCAUGGAGUACCAUUUUUACACCAACGAGCGUGGAGAGGUCUCAUGCGUCAUCUGUGGCCAGCUGCAGAGCAGCGGUGCAGAACUGCGGAAACACAUCUUCAACUGUCACUUCAACACAAAUCCACACCCUACCCACUCAAGUGGCGUGGUUUCUGCUGAGGUUGCCAAGAAGAAAACUGCGUCAGUAGAGGAUGAGGUGAAAAAGGUGACCACUUUCAGCUGCAAGCUCUGCAAUGUUAAGCUAGCCUCCAAGGCAAAGCUGCAGCAGCAUGUAGAUCAGAAGCACAAGGGGAAGAAAAUAGUUUUGAAAAGAGCUAAUGAAAAAAAUAAUGCCGCUGCUCAAGAGCUAACAGUAAGGAAGGAAACGGGACACAAGGGACUCAAGUUGCAUUCAGAGAGGAACAAUCGUUUUUACUGCAAGCUCUGUAUGAAAUCGUUUCCGAACGCCAGAGGCGCUGUUUGUCACAUAUCCAAGGUGCACAAGCAGCAGUACAAUUUGGCCCCAAAGACUGCAGAGUCUACUAUCAAAGGACCAUUCCACUGCAAGAAGUGCAAAAAGGUUUUCGUUUACCUGAAGAGGUACAAAUCACAUGUGUGCGUUGCGCCUGCGAGCCAACCUGAGAAAAGUAGGCAGGUUCUCGCGCUCUCCAGCAAUUAUGUGAAGAUGAGCAAUGGCCUUUUCAAGUGUAAGAUAUGCAUGAAAAAACUUAAUUCGUACUCUGGCAUGGCAAAGCAUCUUCGGAAAAACCACCGUCAAGGCUGCAAAUUAGAGGAAGGCAAAAAUAAUGUCCCAGAGCCCCAAGGAUCGCACUCAAGGUCGGAAAAACGUACUGACUCUAGGGUGGAGCUCACAUGCUCAAGGGAAGUGAGAGCUCUCAAAGAAACCCAGCCGUUCAAAUCCUGCGAUGAAUAUUCCCCUAAUCUACCGCCAAGAGAUAAGAUUUACACGAGGAUGAAGCGGAGACAGCAAAUGUUUGCUUGCGAGGCUUGCAACCGGCACUUCAUGACCAAAAGGCAACUGCGAAUCCACCGGAAGAAGCUGUGUAAGGAGACGCGAGCUUCACUCACACCGAUGGCCAGGUACUGCCUGCAGAGACGCGCUCACUUCCUUUGCAAUGUGUGCUACAAGACUGAUUGUGAAUUCGAGUUCAAGUCAGAAAGUGAAGUCAUUCUCCACCUCGACAUCGAUCACAACCUGACACUUCAGUCUGUCGUAGCUGUGCAAUUCGUGUGCAAGUUCUGCAAUCAAUUGUACAAGUACGGUGCCUACCUGAAGACCCACAUCAAGCAAAAGCAUAAGGAUGAGUUGGAGGAGAGCUUGAAGGUGCCAACAGAUUCAAGGAGCGAGAAAGACAAAGUAAUUGAAGCUGAGAAGAUCGAUAAACCAGAAAAUGCAGCUGAAAAAGAUCAACCAGAAAAGCCAGAACCUGAAGCUGUGGAUGAAUCCAUUUCACCAGCGCCAUUAAAGAUGUACAAAUGCCUGAUUUGUGGGAAAUUGCUGCCGCUGCAAAUAGCCCUUCAGAGACAUAUGAAGAUAAAGCAUCCUCCUGCUUCAAUAAUAAAGACUGAGCCUGUAGAAGAAGAGGAUAAGCCUGCAGAUGACGUUCCUGAACCACCUUCUCCUUCUGCCAUCACAGUGAAUCGAAAUGAGUGCGCAGUUUGUGGCAAAGUGUUCAAAUUGUCCAUUGCCCUCCAGAAGCAUAUGCUAAACCAUUCAGAAAACCCUCCUUCAUCGUCUCUGAAACCAACUGCACCAAGCGAGCCUGCUCCCGUGAUUCUCACAAUAAAGCAAGAAUCUAUUCCUUCUGGAAAUCCCCCAGGGUCUGAUUCCUUCAAGUGUCAGAUAUGCAGUAAAGCUUUCGCGGAUGGAGAACAACUGGCAGCACACAGCAAAAACCAUUUUGUGCCAAGAGUGGGCGCCGACGAGCAAAAGAAGGGCAGCGAGGGAAGCAAAUCAGUCAAAAAAGGCCUUCUUGCUUGUGACCUAUGUGAUAAGGGACUCUCUUUCUUCUCUCAGGUAGCGCUUGAUCAACAUAAACGGAAAUACCACAAACCUACGUAAUUUAAUGUUCCCCAUGUCAUGUUUGUUUACGAAUGCGUUCAUCAUUUUUUAGCAAAUUGAAAGUUCUCAGCUCCCAUCUCCUCAAAAGCACCUUUUUACAUCUGACAGGAUUGUGUCCUAGAUGUGGUGGAAAAUGUUAUCAAUUUUUGGCAGAAAUGCUGCCUGAACAUGUUGAAAAUCCAGAUUUGGGUUAUCGCCUUGUCAUAGCAUUAUGUUACUACGACCGGCCACUUGUGCUUACCACCUACACUACUUGUUGCUUAAUUCUAUACUCUUUUCAAACUUGAGGUUUAGCCUUGAAUUGAUUUAUAUCAAGUUCUUACAAAGCAAUUAAGUUUCCAGUGGCAUUGUGUAACCAGAUCAUGCAUUUUACCAGUUUUAUACUAUCAAGUAAGGUAAGGUGUGCUGAAUUUAAUAAUUUUUUUGUACUGUAAAGCUGAUAAUGCAAUAAAGAAAACAAUCAUUAGCAUGUAAUUAAA